GUCCGCACCACACUCCCUCUCAUCUUAACCAACUAACCCUAUUCAACAACACAUCAGCGCACAUGCCUGCCAGUACACGAGCAUCCACAGCAUCAAAAGCAGCUACAAAGCCUGCCUCAAAGCCCGCUUCAGCAACUCCUACCGCUAACAGCAGUAAACGAAAAGCGACUACACCUGCCAUCAGAGAUAGAGCUACAAAAAAGCCUACCACAGGCCCUGCCAAAAAGGAAAUUAAAACACCCGCUAAUCUAAAGAAGACUACUACAACAAAGACCACACCGGGGAAAAUCGUCGGCAAAAAGAAAGCUGGUGAGAAAAAUACCACAAAUACUAUUGAAACACCUGCAUCAAAGGAAGAGCAGAAGCUAAAUCAGGAGCAGGAAGAGCAAGAGAAGGAUGACGAUGAAGAUGAGCAAUUAAUGGAUGAUAGGGCAUUACUUAAGGACAUUGAUUCUAGUGCUGAUGAAGAUAGCUCAAGUGACGAUGAUGAUGGAGAUGAGGAAGCUAAGGAGGAUAUGUUCGCCAGUAUGAAGGAUGAGAUUUCACUCAGCCCAAAGGCGGCAGCAGCACUCAAGAAAAAACUCGCGACAAUUGGUCAGCCAAAGCAGGAGGAAGUAGUUACAGGGGUUGUUUAUCUGGGUCGUAUCCCUCAUGGAUUUUAUGAAGAACAAAUGAAGGCCUAUUUUUCUCAAUUCGGUAAGGUUCUCCGACUCCGUUUGUCGCGCAACAAGAAGACAGGGAAAUCCAAGCACUACGCCUUUAUUGAGUUUGCAUCACAAGAGGUCGCAGAGAUCGUUGCAGAUACCAUGAACAACUAUUUGCUUUUUGGGCACCAACUCAAAUGUAAGGCCCUGCAGCCAUCUCAAAUCCACCCAGCCAUGUUUUCGGGCGCUAACAAAAAAUUCAAGGCAAUUCCUUGGCUCAAGAUCGCUAAGGAAAAGCAUAAUGCAGAGAAGACGACAGUUCAAUCGAAUCAAAUCAAGAAGAAGCUGUUGAAGAAUGAGGCUGCAAAGAGAGCUAAAUUGGCUGAGUUAGGGAUCGAUUAUGACUUUCCUGGUUACAAGGCUUCAGUACCUGAAAAACCAAAGCACACAAAGUUCUAAAAAGUUUGUGAUUGAAGAAGGAUGCUAUUAUAAUGUCCCAUUUCGUGUUUUUUUUAUUAUUAUUACUAUACUUUUUUUCUUUUUUCUUUUUCAUUUCCAAUGAACAAGUUUGCAUUCAUAUUAUCAUUAAGGGAAAUCUAUCUAUGCAUGAGUCGGUACUAUUAAAGAUUAAGGAUUAAAGAUUAAGGAUUAAGGAUUAAGGAUUAAGGAUUAAGGAUUAAGGAUUAAGGAUUAAGGAUUAAGGAUUAAGGAUUACGAGUGAUUAAAAGUUCAAAUAGC